AUGGAGACCCCCUGUCUGCACGGAGGUGGGGUGCACUACACCCAGCAGAAUUUUAAGCUGCGCUGGGUUAGUAAUUUGGCACCUCUGCUGGAAGGUGAAUCCUUUUCCAGGCUUGUGGCAGAGCCAGGGGAGGCAGUGGGACCUGGGCAGGCUGGCCAGAGCUCAGGUCAGGGCCCCACUGCGGAGAAGGGGAAGCUCAUCACCUUGUGCUAUGAGGUGAAUGGCUCCUGCUAAAGGACCUUAAACCCCUUUGGGGUCCAGCUGGCUAUUUAUCUGGCCUGUGUCUUGGGCACGCUGAUCAUGGUGCUGGGGAACCUGCUUGUCGUUGUCAUUGUUUCCCAUUUUAAAGCCCUGCACACCCCCACCAACCUAGUGCUCCUCUCCCUCACCCUUACUGACAUCCUCCUGGGGCUGUCCAUGCUGCCCUUCAGCACCAUCCAGUCUGUAGAGAGCUGCUGGUAUUUCAGAGAUGACUUCUGUAGGCUGCACACCUUUCUGGACACACUCUUUUGCUUGACCUCCAUAUUUCAUCUGUGUUUCAUUUCCAUUGAUCGACACUGUGCCAAAUGUGACCCUUUGCUUUACCCCACCAAGUUAAUGGUAAGAGUGGCCUGCAUUUACAUUGGGGUGGGGUGGGCAUUGCCUAUGGCUUAUACGCCUGUCUUCCUCUACACUAAAACAAUUGCAGAAGGACUGGGACAUUUUUUGCAAGAUGUGGCUUGUGUUGGUAGCUGUCAGCUGCUGUUCAAGCUCUGGGGGUGGUUGAACUUCCCAGUAUUUUGCCUCGUAAUGACAAUUUUAUAUGUAAAAAUAUUUGCUGUGGCCAGACUGAUAAACAACAUGAGUAGGAGUAUAGGGUCUUGGCUACAUGUAGGAGCAUCCAAGAGUUAAAGGAAAGCAGCAAAGACUCUUGGGGUAGCUGUAGGAGUCUACCUCCUGUGCUGGUUGCCCUUUACAAUUGACACCAUAGUAGACAGUCUUCUGUAUUUCAUCCCCUCAGUUCUGUUUGACAUUCUAAUUUGGUUUGUUUACUUCAGUUCUGCCUGCAGUCCCUUGUUCUAUCUAUUUUUCUAUGGUUGGUUCAGGAAAGCUGUGAAACUAGCCUUAACUCAUGCUAUCUUUUGCUCUAGGACAUCUACAGUAGACUUGUACCGGGAAUGA